AAAACCAAAACAAAAAAAACCCGGGCAAAUAGCACGCAUAGCUACGCUUAUUGUUUGGGCUGUUUUGCAAUGGAUGCUUUUUUUUUCCCUCCCCAUAAAUUCUGGCAGUCUUUGUAAUUUUAACAUUGACUAUUACGGUUAUAUUUGUCGGGAGUGAAUCUUAGGUUUGCAGCGUUGGAAAAAAGUUUUAACGGUAGCCGGUUAGCAAACACAAACGGCAUUCGGAUUAGCGAGUGAGCUAGCCAGUUGUCACGUGUAGUUUAGUAUAAUUAUCUGCAUUAUCUUGUUUGCUUAUUUAGCAUUUUCUGUUAUAAAGUUACCCUGAAUUUUUUUUUUUAAACAUGCACGUUUAAUAGCUGCCCGCACUAUGUCUGCACUUCCUCAGAACAAUUUAAAAGAACAGCUGGAGCGGUACAGCAGCGCAGCCGCACGGAACAAGUGUCUGCCCAACUCCAAACCUGGGGCAUUUUGCUUUAAAAAGAAGUCUCCACCAGACAGUGCCAAAGCUGAAGUGCCUCAUAUGCUUCCAGGCAAGGCCAGAACACAGACUUUCAAACCAGGAGCCAACCCAUUUGCAGUGAGCAAACCUAGCCUUGUUGAGCCUUCCAUCAGCAGAUUGCAUAAACCAAAAAACAACAGCCUCGCAGGCACCAAUGGAAGCAAAGAUUUAGAAUUACCUAAAGGUUGCAUCUCAUCUACAAUCUCCUUGGAUGACUGGGACCACUUUGAUGACUUUGAAACUCCAGUCAAGGGAGAAGGAAAAGGACCAAACAAAUACCCAUCACCUAAAUGUGCUGGAGCUCAGAAUUUCAACACUAAGAAUGGACGUUUACCAACAGUAGGAUCUUUUGGACCAUCAGAUGAAGCUUGCUUUGUUUCAACCAGAAUUCUUGCUGUUAAUCAGGGUGGUGCCCAGUCAGGACAUACUAAUGGUGAAUCUCCCAUCAAUACAACAGAACACCUAAUUUCAGUUAAACACAAGUCGCUUCGAAGUGAUGAAGACAAAAGCAUUGACGCUGGAAUUAAUCCUUCUCAUAAAUUUGAGGAGAAUUUCAACUGUUCAACAGAUGAUGCCCUCUUCAGUAUUAUGGAGUCUAUUUGUUGUCUGGUCGACACGAUCCCUGAACAUGAGAUUAUAACCCUUACUUGUGGGACAGAAUUGCUUUUACUGAGAGCUCACAGGAAAAGGAUUGUUGCUGAUGCUGCAUUGCUGGAAAAGCGGCAGUCGGAUCUUCACCCCAGGUCAAUUCGCACAAGAAGUUCUGAUGUCACAAGCCAAGGCAGCCGUUCACCUAUGUGUGUUCAGCUCAGUAAAUCCAAUACUUCUGUUACGUCCCUGGAUUACAACAGCAGUAUCGUUAAAGAUUCAGAUUGCGUCAUCAGUGAUGUGGUUAAAGGAGAUUCCUGCAGCCUGAAUCCCCCUCUCAUACAGUCUGUGAAUCAACACAAGGGAAAGAUCUCAGACCCGAACAAUGAUGAUGAUGGAAACCUUCAGUCUGGAGAAUCUUCCUUGAGUCUGCCCUUCAGUCAUUCAAAUGGUCAGACUGUGAAUCAAGAGAAAAUUGUACAUUUCUUCGCUGCUCAGAAUACAGUGGAGGAAGACCGAAUAAAUGUAGACAGUAAAGCAUUAGUUGGUGUGGAUGGUUUACAAGAUCACAAGGAAUUAGAUGAUAUGGGUGACUUUGACAUUGAUGACUUCAGUGAGAAUGAUAUUCCAGAUUAUUGUGAGGAACCUGCAGUUUUAUCUGUGUCAGGGUGUUCCACUGCACUACCACGGCCAUUAUGCGAAGGACGACUCUCAAACUCCUAUGAUAAAAAAAGUGUUGCCACCACUACUCCUGUUGUAAAUCUUUCGAAACCACGUUUAUAUGUUACAUCCAGGAAUCCAGCACAUGACUGCUUCUGGGGCUUCAACUUUCCCCACUCUCCAGAGAUGAUGAAGAUUUUCCACAAGAAGUUUGGUCUUCAUCAAUUCAGAUUCAAUCAGCUCGAAGCCAUCAAUGCUACUCUGCUGGGAGAGGACACAUUUGUGUUAAUGCCUACAGGAGGGGGUAAAAGCCUUUGCUAUCAGCUGCCUGCCUGCGUCUCUGCUGGAGUGACUGUGGUGAUCUCGCCACUUCGUUCCCUUAUUGUGGAUCAGAUCCAGAAACUUACAACGUUAGAUGUCCCUGCCACUAGCUUGUCUGGGGAAAAAAGUGACUAUGAGGCUGGACGAAUCUACAUGCAGCUUUCUCAGAACGAUCCAGUCAUCAAACUGCUUUAUGCCACUCCUGAAAAGAUCUGUGCAAGUGGGAGGAUGAUCAGUGCUCUGCAGAAUCUGUAUGAGCGAGGUCUGCUUGCUCGUUUUGUCAUCGAUGAGGCCCACUGUGUCAGCCAGUGGGGACAUGACUUCAGGCCAGAUUAUAAGCGGUUGCAUGAACUGCGCCAGAAGUUUCCCAAAGUUCCUAUCAUGGCACUGACAGCCACAGCCACACCUCGGGUCCAGAAGGACAUCCUUAACCAGUUGGCUAUGACUCGACCACAAGUAUUCUCAAUGAGCUUCAACAGGCACAAUCUCAAGUAUUCUGUAAUACCUAAAAAACCCAAGAAGGUCGACGAGGACUGUAUUAACUGGAUCAUGAAACACUAUCCAUAUGACUCAGGAAUUGUGUACUGCCUGUCUCGGAAUGACUGUGACAAUAUGGCAGAUAGUCUUCAGAGGGCAGGUAUUGCAGCACUAGCAUACCAUGCUGGGAUAAAGGACAGUGACCGAGAAUAUGUACAAAACAAAUGGAUCAACCAGGAUGGUUGCCGGGUCAUAUGUGCCACCAUUGCAUUUGGCAUGGGCAUUGACAAGCCUGAUGUACGCUAUGUGAUCCAUGCCAGCCUACCAAAGUCAAUGGAAGGCUACUAUCAAGAAUCAGGCAGAGCUGGCCGGGAUGGAGAAAUCUCCCACUGUGUUCUCUUCUAUUCUUACACUGAUGCCAUUCGCAUCAAAAGACUAAUAGCCAUGGACAAAGAAGGCAACCACCAAUCCAAAGCCACUCACACAAACAACUUGCACAGCAUGGUACAUUUCUGUGAAAAUGUGACAGAGUGUCGGAGGAUCCAGCUUCUUGCAUACUUCGGAGAGCACAAUUUUAAUACGGAUUUCUGCAAGCAGCAUCCAGAGGUCGUCUGUGACAACUGUGCCCGGCCACACCAAUACAAAGCAAGAAAUGUGACUGAGGAUGUGAAGAAGAUUGCGCGGUUCAUACAGGAAAACUGUGAGAAGGUCGGUGGCAAAUUUGCCAGAUCUUUCCAGCAAAACAGACUCACUCUGAACAUGUUGGUUGACAUUUUUCUGGGCUCGAAAAACGCCCGAAUCAAGUCAGGCAUGUAUGGAAUCGGAGCAGCGUACUCCAAACACAAUGCAGAAAGGCUCUUUAAGAAACUAGUGCUGGACCACAUUCUAAUGGAGGAUCUGUAUAUUACUAAUAAUGGACAAGCUGUGGCCUACAUAUCAUCUGGUCUUAAAGCCAAGGACGUCAUCAGUGGCAUCAUGCAGGUGAAUUUUUAUGAGACUGAGUGUGCUUCUAGCAUUAGAAAGCAAAAAGCCACUGUGACCAAGAGUGUCUCGAAGAGGGAGGAAAUGGUGAAGACGUGUCUGAAAGAGCUUAAUGAGCUGUGCAAAAAGCUUGGCAAAGUGUUUGGUCUUCAUUACUACAACAUCUUCUCCACAGCCACUUUGAAAAAGAUUGCUGAAAAACUGUCUGCUGACCCUGAAGUGCUGCUGCAGAUUGAUGGUGUGACUGAGGACAAACUGGAGAAGUAUGGAGCUGAACUCAUUGAACUACUGCAGAAAUAUUCAAAAUGGCAGCUGCUAGAUGAGGAGCAGGCUGAGGGCUCUUUACACACUAUUGAUGAUUAUUGUGAUGAAGAUGGCCACAAGUCUGCCUCCUUCAGGAGCAGCACAGGUCAAGGACAGAAGAGAAAAAAAAAACCACCCUCGUCAAAGAACCCCAAAAGGCGCAGGGGUUACAACAACCAGAACUCCUCUAAAGGUGGAAACUGGUCUUCAUCUAAAGGAAGACCAAUGCAUGCAGAUCGAGUCUCUAAACAUGCUUCUCCAGCAAGGAGGAAACCUGGCUUCAUGGCCCUGCCUAUCCCUCAGAGUGCUCGGAGGCCAUUCCUUAAACCUGCCUUCUCUCAACUUAAUUGAGUCCACAAGCACUGCUUUUUCUCUUUGAGCUAAACCUGUGUAUAUUUGUGUAAAGUAUUUUUGCCUAUAUUUCUUGUCAUGUAUAAAGCCCAUUGUUUGUUUGAAUUUGGUUUGUUAACUAUAUAGUUUAACAAAAGUUUUUUAUUCGUUUUUAUGUUCCUUUUAGAAUGAAAGUAAUUUAAAAUAUUCCCCAAUAUAAAUAACAAAUUUAGAAAUGGCUUUAAUUUCAGAUCACAACUUUGAUGCAAUUAUCAGUUCCAUUUCUUACCCAUUUCUGUAUUUUUUGGCAAAAUGCAUUUUGAAAUGUGCAUCAUGUAAGUAUUCAACUCCUUGAACUUUUCCAAAUUUUGUAGUAUUACAACCUCAAAUUGAAAUGGACUUGAGUUGGGGUUUUAUGCCAUAAAUCUACCCUAAGUAACUAACAUGGAAGUGAAUUUAGUCAUGCUUAAUUAUUUUAAUUAAGCAUGAUUAAAUUCAUGCUUAAUUAUCAGUA